AUGAGCAAUUCAGCGCUGAGUCCUGACCGGGUCCGCGGCAUCGGCCCCGGUCUCAGGAAACCGCGCGAGAGAAGCCUGCAUGUGACCAUUUGCGGUUUCCAGAGAUUAAAAUGUUCUUCAAGGGCUGUGGCUGCAUUGCCGCCCAAUACUAACCCUUGGCUGUUGCUCCCACUGCAUACACCGCUAGCAGAUUCCAGAUCUUUGAGGCCUCUCGAUUCGAUAGUAGUACAUCAGGAUUCGUUUAAGCCUGACUCGAGCAUUUUAAUUUGGCAAAGGGGAAUGGAAACAUACUCCUGCAUCGCUUACUCAGGUGCACAUCAGGUUAUAAACCGGCCGGACAAAGUUUUCUCUUCUCGUCAAGUCAUCCUCGAGAACAGUUUUUUCGCCCACUUUCUUCCUCAAGACUUAGGAACUUGGAAAACUGCUGGGCCACAUUGGUCCGGAAUUGAGCGAGUGUUGUACCCAACAGGCUUUGUUAUUCAACACACGCCUGCGAUCUACAUAGAGCUUCCUCAUUCCAAAGGCAACCACGAUGACUACCUCAAUCUGCCAGCAAGCGACAACCCAAAGACAGGGUCGUCAUUUUACAGCUCCGUUAUGACGGGCGAGUGGUAUGAUGCACUUCACAACGACGUUGCUAUACAAAGCCGUCGAACUCCGUUCCGCUGCGUCAUGCAGCAUAUUAGCUUGAAGACUGGACAGGCCCGCCAAGUACAAAAAAUACAGAAUUUCAUUCAUCGCUCUUUGGCCUUAACGCAGCAUCCAAAAGCCCGAACCGUUGGACAGGUUAAUCCGUUUGGUACACCCCGGCCCAGAGCACAAAUCGAGCAGCAUAUGGGACCUCUACUUACACUAAUCCAUUGCAAAAAAAGAAAGAAAUCAUUGGCACACCGUUUGAUGAAACUUCUAAAAUUGAGAAUCCGGACAGUAUUUGACCUUUCCUGUCCUCGUAUGCACACUUCGGCCAUGUCUGGCGUUCUUUUCUCCGGUGCAAGAUCCGCGCUGCUCAUUGGCUCUGAUCUUUAUAUCCGAGAUCUGGGCGCCGGAUCCGACUUGCCAUUCAGCUCCCCGCCGACUAACUCCGCGAUGUCCGAUUUCGGAUUUUCAACUGACAAGACCAUGAUAGACCAUGACCAAAUCUGGCAGUAUCUAGCAUUUACAACCCCAAUUCAUGUUCAAAUCCACAACUCUUCUUUUGAACAGAACCUUUCGAACCUUUAA